AUGGAUGUUGCGGCGUUGAUCGUGCCAGACAUCACACGGUAUCUUCCGCCGAGGAAAGUUCCACUUAACUGCUGGCCGCAUCUCGCCGACCUCGAACUGGCCGAUCCGCAAUAUCACAUACCUGCAAAGGUGGAUUGUGUGUUGGGCGCUGAUGUCUAUCCAUUAUUAAUCCAGGAGGGACUGGUGAAAGGAAAAAUAGGAGAUCCAGUUGCACAAAAUACGGCAUUUGGCUGGAUCAUCACCGGGCCGAUGCUGCCAGACCUCAAAUUUCACGAUAUGGACAAAAUACAGGUGUUUCAUACCAUUGUCGAGCCGUCAAUCACAUCCAUGGUGGCCAAGCUGUGGGAGCUCGACGACGUGCAGGAAAAGCAGCACCUUACGGAGGAAGAAAGGCGCUGCGAGGAAUUGUUUGUUCAAAGCCAUUACCGGAACGAGGACGGCAGAUUUGUUGUGCGACUUCCAUUUGCAAAGCGAAUCAAUUUGGGAGAAUCUCGCGGUGCGGCGCACGCGUGCUUAUUGCGCACAGAGAGACGCUUUUCUCUAAACAGGCCGCUAUUCGACGCUUACUCGACAUUCAUGAGAGAAUACGUCGAACUGGAUCACAUGCAGUUGGUACCAGACGGUCAGCGGUCUCGACCGGCCUUUUACAUGCCUCAUCACGCAGUGUUCCGUGAAGACAAGCCUGGAAAAAUUCGAGUUGUUUUCAAUGCCUCUCGAAAAACAACGAACGGACUGUCUCUCAAUGACGUCCUGCUUCCGGGGCCGAAGCUUCAGGCUGACAUAACGGUGGUACUUACGAACUGGCGUUUUUUCGGAACUGCAGGUACCACAGACGUCGAGAAGAUGUUUCGGCAAAUUCGGGUGCACGACGACGACAUGGACUUUCAGAGGGUGCUGUGGCGUCUCGAGCCAUCGUCGCCUAUACAGGAUUUUCGAUGCACCACGGUGACUUAUGGCACAGCGUCGGCGGGAAUGAGGCUCGGCAAGUGGGCUGCAUCUGACCCGAAGCUCAUCGACGGCCUCGUAUCGACGUCGGAGGAUGUGGUGCCCUUGAACGUCGAUGAAAUAGUGUCUACACUGGGGCUCAAAUGGCUGCCUGGACAAGACAGCUUCACAUUUCAAUUUGCGGCUCGCCCCACGCAGGUCGAGAUCACGAAGCGAUCAAUUUUGGCGGAGAUCGCAAGGACAUUUGAUCCUCUAGGCUGGCUGUCCCCGGUGCUGGUGUCGGCCAAGGUUUUGUUGCAGGAUCUGUGCCUGGACGGCGUCGACUGGGACACCCCGAUCUCUGCAACUUUGGAGCAGCGAUGGACGGACUUUACCGCUGCUCUGCCCGAGGUCGCCUGCAUCCGAAUCAAGAGAUGGUUAAACACGCGCGAAGGAGAGGAUUGGCACUUGCAUGGCUUUGCGGACGCUUCCAAGCGAGCCUAUGCUGCAGCGAUUUACGUCGUCUUGCCCGGAAGAGCAUCGCAUUUAAUCGUAGCCAAGACGAAGCUCGCCCCGACAAAGGUCCAGACGGUGCCCAGACUGGAACUGUGUGCCGCAGUCUUGUUGGCUCGACUUGCAAGGCAUUUGAUAGAUAAGCUGAGAUUUCCCCCCAGAAAAGUAUAUUGUUGGUCGGACUCGAGAGUCGUAUUGGAUUGGAUAGCCUCUCAUCCAUCGCGGUGGCCGACGUUUGUAGCAAACAGGGUGAGCGAAGUGCAAACGAGGCUUCCCUGGGCUCACUGGAAUCACGUACGUACCAUGGAUAACUCAGCGGACUGCGCUACACGAGGCCUCACUCCGCCGGAAUUGGCCAAGUUUUCGCUGUGGUGGUAUGGACCCAGCUGGUUGAUCGAGGAGGAAACGUCGUGGCCGAGAUUGACAGAGCCGGGCGAAGUUACAGCAUCGACGGCGGCUGUGGAGAGUACUGCGCGACCAACGAUUGACGCUGAAGACGUGUGCUUGUCUGACUUCAAAAAGUUUUCAGACUUCAAUAAAAUUACAAGAAUUAUAGCGCUAUGCCGCCGCUGGAGCGAUCGUUUUUCCACUGGAUCAUCGUGGCAGCCGUCGGAAGAUUUUUGUGACGAGUUGACGGAGGCUCGAUUCUUAUGUUUCAAGAGGAUGCAAGCUCAUCAUUUUUCGGCUGAGUUGAAGGCUCUGAAGGCAAAGAAGCCCUUGCACAAGCGAAGUGUGCUUGCAAAGUUGACCCCGUUUAUCGACAGGAGAGGUCUUCUGCGCGUUGGUGGUCGUCUUCAUCAUGCGCAGUUGUCGUACAAUGAAAAGCACCCAGUGAUAUUACCAGGAGAUUGCACGUUUGUGCGAAGAAUGAUUGAGACUGUUCAUAGAGAAUUGUUGCACGGUGGACCUCAAUUGAUGCGCUCGCAUCUGUCGCGCUCUGUAUGGAUUGCUCGUGGCGUACAUGUAAUCAGGGGCGUUUGUCAGCGAUGUGUAAGGUGUGCGCGAUACAGGGCCGCGGCCAUCAGUCAGCAAAUGGCUCCUCUCCCAGCCGUUCGAGUGACUCUCGGGCGACCCUUUUCAAUUACUGGAGUGGAUUACGCUGGACCUUUGCCGGUGUUAUUCUCAAAAGGAAAGGGUGCGAGAGCGACGAAGGGCUACAUCUCUAUUUUUAUUUGUAUGGUGACUCGAGCUGUUCACGUGGAGGUUGUCUCGGACCUCACUGCCGCUGCCUUCCUUGCAGCUUUUAGUCGCUUUUGCUCUCGUCGUGGCUUGCCCUCAGUGAUGUACUCGGACAACGGAACCACGUUCAAGGGUGCGUCUAAGGAGUUGAUGGCAUUGUUCAAGCAGGAUUCAAGAUUUCGCGCCGGGGUCGGAAGAGCGUUGGCAAUGCGAGGUACACGAUGGUCGUUUAUCCCACCUCGAGCGCCGCAUUUCGGAGGACUUUGGGAGGCUGCAGUCCGCAGUUUCAAGCAUCAUCUGAAGAGGGUGAUUGGAAAGUCGCGGUUGACGUACGAGGAGCUUUCGACGUUGGCAGCGCGUAUCGAGGCAUGUUUGAAUUCUCGUCCCCUUUGUCCAAUCUCAGGAGAUCCGGAUGACCUUGCAGCGCUCACACCAGCGCAUUUUUUGACGGGAUCUUCGCUGCUGAAUUAUCCCGAACCAUAUAACCCGAAGGAGAAGCCCAUGUAUUUUACGAGUCGUUGGAGACUGCUGCGUAACAUGCGCGAUAUGUUUUGGACCCGGUGGCGAAGAGAGGUGUUGAACCAGCUGCAACAACGUAGCAAGUGGUUGGACUCGAGAUCCAACUUGCAAGAAGGUGACAUGGUUUUGAUAAGAGACGAGCUCUCUCCUCCGUCUGAAUGGCCACUCGGGCGAGUCACGAAGACUCAUCCAGGGACAGAUGGGCUGGUGCGCGUGGCUACCAUCCGGACCGCACAGGCUACAUUUACGCGGCCAGUCGUGAAGUUGACGAGACUUCCCACGGAUAAAGAGGCAGAAUCUUACUACGCCACACGACAACGUCAAUGA